CGCACACCCGCGGCCGGCGUGGUGCUCGGCGGAGGCGCUCACCUGGCCCGGAGGCUUUCUUAGUCAAGAAUGGAAGAAGAUGCAGAUUAUAGAAUCAGGUUUAGUAGUCUAUGUUUCAUUAAUGAUCAUGUUGGAUUUCAGGGUACUAUAAAGAACUCACCAAGUGACUUUAUUGUCAUUGAGAUUGAUGGACAGGGGCAGUUAGCUAAUAAGGCUAUUGAUGAACCUUUUCUGGAAGUUAGUAAAAUACCACCUGAGCCAGAUAAUAUCGCCAAGAAGCCUAAACUUGAUUUUCAAAAUGGAACCUUUGAUAAUGGAAAAAAUCAAGAAGUUAUUGGUUUGGCUAGGUGCUCCCAGGGCGAUCACAAACUUCAGUCUGAUUCAGAAAAAGAAGACAGUACCACUGGUGGGACUUCCAAUUGGGAGGAAGGAAAAACUGAUUUAUUAAGUUGUUUUUUAGAUGAGAAAACUAAUGAACAAUUGAAUCAAUUUGCCCUAGAGAUAAAAGAACAGUGGAAUUUGAAAAGGGAGUCAGUGGAAGCAACUCCUGAAUUGUCAUUGGGCAAAUUCCUUGAGAAAAACCGCAGGGCUGCCGUGCACAGUGCUGUCAGGCAGAAAUUUCCUUUCUUAAUCACUGUCGGUAAAAACAGUGAGAUUGUUGUAAAACCUAAUCUUGAGUGUAAAGAACUCUGUCAUUUGGUGUCUGAAGAGGAAGCAUUUGACUUUUUUAAGUACUUGGAUGCAAAGAAAGAAAAUUCGAAAUUCAUGUUUAAACCUGAUGCGAACAAAGAUCACAGAAAAGCUGUGCAUCAUUUUGUCAACAAGAAAUUUGGGAAUCUGGUAGAAACCAAGUCGUUUCCUGAAGGAAAUUUCAAGAGUGGGAAUAAUGGAAAUGUGAUCACUGUAAGAUUCCGGGAGAAGGUGCACACACCUGGAAAAAGACCUCUUCAAGGCCAAGAAAGGAAAGUUGUAUAUACAGCUUUUACUCUACGAAAGGAAAACCUGGAAAUGUUUGAAGCACUUGGUUUUUUAGCCGUGAAACUUGGAGUGAUUCCUUCGGAUUUUAGCUAUGCAGGCCUUAAAGAUAAGAAAGCUGUCACCUAUCAGUCAGUGGUGGUUAAAAAAGUGAAUCCAGAAAGGUUGAAAAGUGUGGAGAAGGAAAUGGAAAAGAAAAGGAUGAAUGUGUUUAAUAUUCGAUCUGUGGGCAAUGCCCUUAGACUUGGUCAGCUCAAGGGAAAUCACUUUGAUAUUGUCAUCAGAGAUUUAAAAAAUCAAAUCAAUGAUUCUGCAAAUUUGAGAGAGAGAAUUUUGGAGGCAAUAGAAAAUGUUAAGAGUAAAGGCUUUGUGAAUUACUAUGGACCACAGAGAUUUGGAAAGGGAAGGAAAGUUCACACAGACCAAAUUGGAUUAGCUUUGCUGAAGAAUGAAAUGAUGAAAGCAAUAAAAUUAUUUCUUACACCAGAAGACUUGGAUGAUCCUGUAAACAACGCAAAGAAAUAUUUUCUUCAAACUGAGGAUGUAAAGGGUACACUUUCAUUGAUGCCCGAGUUCAAAGUUCGAGAAAGGGCACUGCUGGAGUCCCUGCAUCGUUUUGGCAUGACAGAGGAGGGAUGUACUCAGGCCUGGUUCUCUUUCCCCCACUCCAUGCGCAUAUUUUAUGUCCAUGCCUAUAGCAGCAAGAUUUGGAAUGAGGCAGCAUCUUACAGACUUGCCACCUACGGAUGCAAGGUAGUGGAGGGUGAUCUGGUGUGUUUGGAGGAAGACAUUGAUGACCAUUUCUCCAGUAGUAAAGUUCACCUGGUAACUAAGGAAGAGGAAUCAGCUAGUACAUAUGCAAUGCACCAGGUAGUUCUGCCAGUUCUUGGAUACAACAUUUUAUACCCAAAGAAUAAAGUAGGGCAGUGGUACCAGGAAAUACUUAGCCGAGAUGGGCUACGGACAUGUCGUUUUAAAGUACCGACUCUCAAACUGAACAUACCAGGAUGCUACCGACAGAUUCUCAAAUGGCCUCACAAGCUAACACACCAGCUUUCUGGAGAUCAUGACACUGCUGUGGAACUGGAAGGGUCUCACAUCCAUGCAGCAAACUUCUCCCUUGCCAUCUCCUUUGAUCUUGAUGCUUCAUGUUAUGCUACAGUGUGCCUGAGAGAGAUAAUGAAGCAUGAUGUUUAAAGUGGAUGCCCUCCGUAUCAUCAGGGUUUUUUUUUUUCUUCCUGUAUGCCAGUACUGGGGCUUGAG